GUCAUUUCCUGGCAGCGUACACUCGGAAGGCGGAAGUUUGUGUGCCGGAGGCAACGAAGCGGAGCUGAGGUGUCGCUAGCGUUGCCUGCGGCUCUUCCGGGUUUCUGCUCCACUCCCGCGAGGUGGAGGCGGGAACCUGGAACCAUGGCUGUGAGGCAGCUGCGUAGCCUGGCAGGGUCUGGAGGCUGACAUCCACGACGCCUGCACGGGCCCCUUGCUCCAGGUUUAGGGUUAGCUAGGGUCGCGCUGUCCCGGCCCCCAGACCCUCAGAAUGACCGCAGCCUCCACCUCCAAAUGGGGGCUAGUCACGAACGUCGUAAACAGCAUCGUGGGGGUCAGCGUGCUCACCAUGCCUUUCUGCUUCAAACAGUGUGGCAUCAUCCUGGGGGCCCUGCUCUUGGUCUUCUGCUCAUGGAUGACACACCAGUCAUGUAUGUUCUUGGUGAAGUCGGCCAGCCUGAGCAAGAGGAGAACCUAUGCUGGCCUGGCGUUCCAUGCCUACGGCAAGGCGGGGAAGAUGCUGGUGGAGACCAGCAUGAUUGGGCUGAUGCUGGGGACCUGCAUUGCCUUCUACGUCGUAAUUGGUGACUUGGGCUCCAACUUCUUUGCCCAGCUGGUUGGAUUACGGGCGACCAGCAGCUUGCGUGUGUUCCUGCUCUUCGGGGUGUCCCUGUGCAUCGUGCUCCCACUGAGCCUGCAGAGGAACAUGAUGGCCUCCAUCCAGUCCUUCAGCGUCAUGGCGCUCCUCUUCUACACCAUCUUCAUGUUUGUGAUUGUGCUGUCCUCCUUUAAGCAUGGCCUCUUCAGUGGGCAGUGGCUGCAGCGAGUCAGCUACAUCCGCUGGGAGGGCAUUUUCCGCUGUGUGCCCAUCUUCGGCAUGUCCUUUGCCUGUCAGUCCCAGGUCCUGCCUACCUAUGACAGCCUGGAUGAGCCAUCGGUGAAGACCAUGAGUUCCAUAUUUGCCUCCUCCCUCAACGUGGUCACUGCCUUCUAUGUCAUGGUGGGGUUUUUUGGGUACGUCAGCUUCACUGAUGCCACUGCCGGCAACGUGCUGAUACACUUCCCCUCCAACCUGGUGACAGAGAUGAUCCGAGUGGGCUUUGUCAUGUCCGUGGCUGUGGGCUUCCCCAUGAUGAUUCUACCAUGCAGACAGGCCUUGAACACACUACUGUUUGAGCAGCAGCAAAAAGAUGGAACCUUUGCUGCAGGAGGCUACAUGCCCCCACUCCGGUUUAAAGUCCUCACCCUCUCGGUGGUGUUUGGAACCAUGGUCGGUGGAAUCUUGAUCCCCAAUGUGGAAACCAUCCUUGGCCUCACAGGGGCGACAAUGGGGAGCCUCAUCUGCUUCAUCUGCCCGGCUCUGAUCUAUAAGAAAGCCCACAAGAACGCUCCCUCAGCUCAGGUGGUGCUCUGGGUCGGCCUAGGUGUCCUGGUGGUCAGCACACUCACUACCCUGUCUGUGAGCGAAGAAGCCCCUCUGGACUUGACACAAGAAGCUCGAAGUGGUCGGCGAGGAGAUGCUGAGGGUGGAGUGAAAGUGGAGUCUGCCCGGCUGUCAGUCCAGGAUCCCGUUGUGGUUGUUGCUGAGGAUAGUCGGGAGAAGCCGAAGCUGCCAGAGGACAAAGAAGUACUGGAGCAGGCCCAGAUUAAGGGUCCUGUGGAUGUGCCUGGAGGGGAGACCCCCGAGGAGAAGCAGGAAGCCGCACAACUGGAUCGCCCUGCUCAAGGUAUUGCUGUCCCUGUGGGCGAAGCCCACCGCCAUGAGCCUCCUAUUCCUCAUGACAAAGUGGUGGUGGAUGAAGGUCAAGACCAAGAAGGGCCAGAAGAGAAAAAGCCACCUCCCAGGCUCACAGAUGAAGGGGAUCCUGGGGACAGAGGGCAGGUGGCACCACCUCCACCUGAGUCAGAGCAGGAACCUGAGAGAGGAGAAGAAGGGAAAAGACCUGAACAAGCCCUGGCAAUGGGGGAAGAUGACCAUCCCCAGAAAGUUCCAGAAGCAAAUGGCCAGCCACCUGUCCAGCCCAGGAAGGAAGAUUCCAGACCAGACAAUAGGGAUCUGCAUCCGGUCCCCCAGUCCAGGCUGUCUGUGGAGCAGAAUGCUCUGGUGGCUGGUGAAGGUGUCGAGGGUGCUCAGAGGGCUGCAGGGCUCCCACAGAAGCCUGUGGAGAGUGACCUGGAGAGCAAUGCUGGUGGGAAGGCCGGCCUCCCUGCACAAAGGCCAGAGGCUGCAGAGGAGAAGGAGCAGAAGGAGGCUGAGCAGCCAGGUGGAGACCAGGCAGGGAGCAAGCUGGAAGCCGAGAUUAAAAAGCUAGUAGCAGAAGCCGGGAGGGCAGAGAUGCUGGACCACGCCGUACUGCUGCAGGUGAUCAAAGAGCAGCAGGUGCAGCAGAAGCGCCUCCUGGACCAGCAGGAGAAGCUGCUGGCUGUGAUCGAGGAGCAGCACAAGGAGAUCCGGCAGCAGCGGCAGGAGGACGAGGAGGACAAAGCUAAGCCUGCAGACAUGCAGCCAGAGCCUGGAGCGGCAGCACUCAGAGGACCAGAGGAGGAGACUUGGAAUGAGCAUGCUGGGGAGACAGUGGAAGAGGAGCCUCCGCAGCCUUUGCAACCUGUGCUUGGAGCUCCUAGAGGUCGCCCUGCUUCACCCCAAGAGAUGGGCCAGCAGCCCCUGGAGGAAGCCAAGGCGGGGCCAGGCAGAGACCUUGCCGACCUUCCUGUUGGUGGCUCUGACACCGAGCCCCAGGCGGUCCAGACUAAGCUAAGAGAAGACCAGAAGGGUGCUGUGCUCAAGGUGGCUGGAGCUGGGAGGGAGCUGGCCCCUGGGGACUUGGAACCAGUGCUCAAGCCAGACCCUGCUGGGGUACCCAAGAGUCCAGAGAAGCGGUCUGCAGAGGAGGUAGCCAGGCAGCACCAACAUGCCUUUGGUGGAGGUCCCCAAGAAAGGAAGGAAACUGCAAAGGAAGCAGUGGCCACUGGCGCCAGUGUUCCCAAAGAGGCUGCCCAGCCCUUGGCAGGGGCAGAGGCUGAGGACUCUCGCACAAAGUCUAGGCAAUCAAGACCCACCAUGGUCCCAGCGAGGCCAGCAGAUACAGGCUUUCAGCCCCAAGCUAGGUUUCAGCAAGAACCCCAGGCCAUCUCUGACAAAGGUCAGGAUUCUCACCCAGAGGUAAGAAGUGAGGCUCCCCGAGGGGUUCACAUACUUGCUGAGGGGCAGCACAGAGAAAAGGAGGGUGCCACCAUCCUGGAGGCAAAGAAGAAGCCAGAUUCUAAUUCUGGGCCCGGACUAGCUGUGCCUGUGGGUCAGAAGCCAGAGAAUGCCAAACCCAACCGAGACCUGAAAGUGCAGGCUGGCUCUGACCUCCGGAGGAGACGGCGGGAUCUUGCCUCUCAUCCGGAGCAGGAGCUGGCUCCGAAGGAUGGAGUCAUCAUUAGCUUUAACUCCCUGCCUGAUGUACAGGGGAACGACCUCCGCAGUGCUCUGGACACUCAGCUCCGUCAGGCUGCAGGGGCUGCGCUACAGGUGGUACACAGCCGGCAAAUUAAACAGUUGCCUGGAGAUCUAGAGGAAGCGUGAGAACCAGACAUUGGACAGCAGUGACUGGAGGCCACAUUCUUGUGUCCCCAGGGAUUGGUAUCUAGUCCCUCAUGAUGAGCUGGGAAAGCCUAGCCCAGACAUCUUGUCACUCGGUGGUGUCACUCGCUCCAAGGCUUCGCAAGGCACUCACUAGCCCAAGUAUGGUUUGGGCCUUGAGCCAGCCCAGGAAAGGUAGUGCUGAGGUUCAGCUCUGCUGCUGCACAGCAGCGGCUCUUGUCUGUUCAUCGCUGACAGCAGGGUAGGCAACUUUCAAGUUACCAGUCCUCAUCUAGUUUGCAACCUGUCACAGCCAGAUUCUACCCUGACUUGAUUGUCCCAUGUUCUCCAUGAUGUGGGAAACCUGCCAUAGGCAUCUGUCUCCCCCUGGGGAGGCCCAGGGUUGGGUAUGACUUGUCUUCGGUUGGAGAAGGAGGUACAUGGCCUUCCUGGUUUCCUGUCAUACACAUUCUUUGAAAUUGAUUAUGAAACAAAAAAUAAAACACCACUAACAUCUA